AUGGCGGACGUCGAAACCCAAACGGACACACCUAGAGAAGAUCUGGUACCUCGGCCUUUCAAGCGCCGAAAAUUCUAUCGCAAACGAGUCGAAGAGGCAAAUGACGACGAUGGAAAUGCGGUCGGAACCACAAUGACGGCCGAAGCUCCCGCCGCAGCGCCACCAACCGAUCCUGAAGGCCGCGAAAACGACCAAGGCUCCGACAAUGAAGGGCCCGAUAAGAAAUUAUCUGUGCAAGAGAUUCUGCGAUUGAGAAAAGCAGCAAGGAACCGACGAGGCGGGAUCGGGUUCGCCAACUCUACAUCCAGCACAUCGGCGAGUGUUGGAUCGGGUACGGUGGCAUCGUCGGAUGCACUUAUGGAGUCGGCUGCCACCGCCGAGGAAGUUCAGGCAGCUGUCAAUCGAUUUGCGCCGCAGACAGGAAUGGCAGCCGAUGUCGAUAAGCAUAUGAUGGCCUAUGUAGAGGCUGAGCUAGCUAAACGUCGCGAGGGAGUCUCUUCCAACGUCCAAAAUUCUAGUACCGCGGCUGCACAGCAAGAAAACCUCGCGAAAACGGCAGGCGAAGCGCGCAACAACAAACAGCCAGCUGCGCUUGGAAAAUUGCACGAGAUCGAUCUUGGCCCGGAUGCUAAGAUGCGAAAUAUCGAGCGCACUGAGGCAGCUAAAAGACGGAUUGGAGGCGAAGAGUUAGAGGUCAUUGAUGACCCUACUAAGAGCCGCAAGUUAGGAAAGGACGGAAAGCCCUUACGAGACCGCAGACGGCGGAACAGUGAUGACAUGAAGAGAGAUCAGCUUGUCGAGGAGAUUUUGCGGGAGAGUAGAUUGGAAAUUUACGAUGAGCCACAGGCAGAUCAGCACCCAGAUGAUGAAAUGGCAGCGGAUGAACGAAUUGCAGAGCAGUUCCGACGAGAAUUUAUGGACGCCAUCUCAACCCGUCGUCGGCGCGCCGCGCCUGCUGCAUCAUCCUCUGCAGCCACCCGAGGGAAAAAGGACGACAGACCAAAGGGACCGAAGCUGGGAGGUAGCAGAAGCGCACGUGCGGCUAUGCGGGAACAGCAAGAAAAAUCAGCGAAGAGAUGA